AUGCCAAAAGAUAUGUCCUCGAAUUUGACUAGUGGCAAUGCUAACGAGCCUGCCGCGGCUACAAAGGCUGCACCAAAUUCACGGAAGAGGAAGAAAGCUAAAUUUGUUAAAAUGGAGGCCAAGUUUGCACAGAGUGCUUCGACAUUCGACUCUGUUUCUGUAAACUCUGCUGAUUCAUCUGUAUCAAUGAGGAUCGGAAACGUCGAAAAGGUUUGGUGGGAGGCAUGGAUGGAGAACCGAUCUGUCCGUUCAUUGUUUUGUGACCAAGAUGCAUUGCAUUUUCAGAGGAUCUCCGAUGCUACAAUGGUUUUCAACAAGAAUCGUUUGUGGCCUCCAACAGAGACCCAGGUUCGCAAUCGGUGGGAUCAGUUCCAAGUUUACGUUGGUCUCCUAAAUAAUGCUGUAGGAGACGACUUCCUCAGGCUCACAAACUUCGUUCAAAAUCCCGCUCGUGUCAUACAAAUCUACCUUUCCAGUUAUUUCAUCGAAAAAGGCUUACACUUUUCCAAAUACAAUUGCGAUAUAAUACCGAAACUGCUAUACUUCUACGUCAACUUUCUGCUCGUUAAUGAGGUUCUCCCGGACAAAGGAGAUAACUUGCAUUAUGCUCUGUCUAUUAUCGAAACGGCGAAAACUGAACUCGCUCUGUACCCUCAAAUAGGCGAAUCUUGUCCUGAUCACUUCAAUCUGACGUGCAAGGAACUUCUUUGUGACGAUUCUCAAGGGACCCUAUCGGAUACUAACGGGACUCUUGCAGACUCCAAUGCUGAGACUCAGAUUCAGCCGGAUUCCACCCCAGUUAGCCCGCAGAGUCCAAAAAAAACAAAGAAGAAAAAGAAGAAGAAAUCCCAAGCUAAACCACAGGCAAUGACAGAAGUGUCCGCGGAGAACUCCAUCGCGUCUCCUGUCAAUUUCUCGGUCUCUGUAGAAUGUGAAAUCACUUCUCCUGCGAUACUCAGUGGAUGGGGAGGAACAGCUGCCGUCGAUUCUUGGGGUGAAGGCGCUUCUUCAGGCUGGGGAAAUGGUGGAUCUGCAUCAAUCAGUGGCUGGGGGGUCGUCGUCGAUACUCCCGCCGCUCCUCUCGAAGAUAUUGGAUGGGAGAGUUUCAGCACGCUUCCGCCAGCUUCCUCGUUUGUAUCCGCCCAUAUCACAAGGGCCCUGCCCCAAACUCACAUUCGAGGUGUGGUCGAGCAUGCAGUACGUCGUGUCAAGGCGAUUAUUCCCCCUUUGGAACAAGAUACCAUCAAAUGCAAGCAAGAAGAUAAUACCAUACUCAAUUCCAUUGCACUUGAAAAUGAACUCAAACGAUGCUAUUGGACGGUAGUGCUCGAACCUUGGCCAAUAGAAGGGGCGCAAGAGUUCAUCAGUAUUCUGUCUACUUCCAAAGGGAAUGUGGAUUUGCAUGCAGACCAGAUGACCGUGGAAGAUGGUUCAAUCAAUGAUUUGUACGUUGGUAGCGUCAAGCCACACAAUUGCCUUUCAGAUGAUAUCACGAUUUUCCUUGAAGAUGAAACCAGGAAAGUUUUGAGGUUGGGAAUGGGACUCGGGGGAACUUGGGCCCAACUCCUACGCGCGUCGGAUUGUGCUCAACAUGUAAAGGGGCACGAGGAGAAGGAGGAAGAGAAGAGUCCUGACGAAAGACGUUAUUGGUUCUUACUCGAAGUGCUCAGGAUCUUGCCGAGUUACUACAUUGUUUGA